CAUCACCACCGAGCCAGCCACUCAAAGAUGUAGCAGAGAACUCAAGUCAAAGCCAAAAAUCUCGGAGUCCUUCUUCUUCUUCAGAAUCUCAGAUAGCGAAACAGAGACCCAUUUGAGAGACCGAUACAAAGAUUCCACAAUGGCUUGGUUCAGAAGCCUAAUCCGAGUGUCGGGCAUCAAACCCAGAAACAGAGCGCUGAACCCAUUUCCAUUGGCUUCUCUGGCGUGCUUGAGCACCGAAGCGACGACCAAUGAGUACUCGGGCCUGGGACCCACGGUGCCCCAGGAGAAGCCGAGGGUGGUGGUGGUCGGCUCAGGGUGGGCCGCUUGCAGGCUCAUGAAGGGCCUCGACACCAACCUCUACGACGUCGUGUGCGUGUCUCCUCGGAACCACAUGGUGUUCACGCCCCUUCUGGCUUCCACCUGCGUGGGGACCCUAGAGUUCAGGUCCGUCGCCGAACCCAUCAGCAGGAUCCAACCCGCCAUCUCUCGCGAACCCGGGUCGUACUUCUUCUUGUCCAAUUGUACGGGCAUCGAUCCCGAUAAUCAUUCGGUGCACUGUGAGACUGUUACUUAUGGAUCGGACACCCUGGAUCCAUGGAAGUUUAAGAUUGCAUAUGACAAAUUGGUAAUUGCUUUGGGGGCACAGCCCUUAACUUUUGGAAUCCAUGGGGUGAAAGAACAUGCGAUUUUUCUUCGGGAAGUUUACCAUGCCCAGGAAAUUCGUAGGAAGCUACUCCUAAACUUGAUGCUGUCUGACGUGCCUGGCAUUUCAGAGGAAGAGAAAAGCAGACUUCUACACUGUGUUGUUGUGGGAGGUGGUCCCACAGGAGUUGAAUUCAGUGGUGAACUAAGUGAUUUUAUCACCAAUGAUGUUCGCCAAACAUAUGCGCAUGUGAAAGACUAUAUCCACGUUACUUUGAUUGAGGCAAACGAGAUAUUAUCUUCCUUUGAUGAUAGCCUCAGGCACUAUGCUACUAAACAGUUGACAAAGUCAGGAGUUCGUCUUGUCCGUGGGAUUGUCAAGGAUGUUAAAGCUCAGAAGUUAAUUCUUAAUGAUGGCACAGAGGUUCCAUAUGGGCUAUUAGUGUGGUCUACGGGUGUUGGUCCCUCUCCUCUUGUUAACUCUCUGGAGCUUCCAAAAUCUCCAGGUGGAAGGAUUGGUGUUGACGAGUGGCUACGCAUUCCUUCCGUACAGGAUGUGUUUGCAAUUGGUGACUGCAGUGGGUUUCUUGAAAGUACUGGAAAACCAACCCUUCCAGCUUUGGCUCAGGUUGCAGAGCGGCAAGGGAAAUAUCUAUCGCAUCUAUUGAACAGGAUUGGUAAAGCUGGUGGCGGUCAUGCCAAUGGUGCAAAUGGCAUGGAACUCGGAGAUCCAUUUGUUUACAAGCAUCUAGGAAGCAUGGCAACCAUUGGCAGAUACAAGGCUCUCGUAGAUCUUAGGCAAAGCAAGGAGGCAAAAGGAUUAUCCAUGGCAGGAUUUGUCAGUUGGUUUAUUUGGCGCUCAGCAUAUCUGACUCGUGUUGUAAGCUGGAGGAACAGAUUUUAUGUGGCAAUCAACUGGCUUACAACCUUCGUGUUUGGUCGUGAUAUUAGCAGAAUCUAGAUGUUGGAAUUAAAGGUCAGCAGUCAUGGCACGUUUCCACAUGUACAUCUUCAUGGUGCGAGUCCAUUUGAAUUAGAAGAUGAUAAAUAUCAAAUCAUGGACGUUUUUCUGGCACACGAGGCCUAAAGUGAAGAAAACAGUGAACAUGUCUACAAUGAAUACCUAUUAUUGCUUUUGUUUUACUCCCAUAACAACCCACGUAUUCGUUCCUAAUAAAGUUGAGGUGCUGCUUAUAUGAUACAUUCAAUUACCUCCCAUGUAUCUUUGUUCGUUCAUAUUGAAGUUGGCUGUUGGUCACUUCUGUGAAGAAAUGAUAAUUAAUAAUCCUCUCAGAUUGAUGUAGAUGAUCUGUUUUUUUU